UUAAUACGUGUUGCUGCAUCAGCGCAUGUGUGUUAUAUAGUUUUGUCUUUGAUCGCGCGAGUUGUGAGUCGCGAGUCGCGGGUUCAGAAUCGAGUAUCGAGUAUCGAGGAUUGUAUUAAUCAUCGUUAUCGGUGUAUCAAUACAUACAUACAUACAUUUAUACACAUUAAUAUAUAAUACUGACCAUUACACAUAUCAUUGUAUUAACGCAUAAGUAUAUAUUUAUAUAUAUAUACAUUCUUAAAUUAUAACACAUAUUUAUUGUCUGGCGUGUGACGAGUAACUCGUCAUUCGUCAUUACCCUCAGUUGUACCGUAGUCAGUACAGGUCGUGUAGUUUAAAUUACUAAUACUUUUAUUAGUAUUAUUAUUAAUUAAUUAAUUAAUUAAUUAAUUUAUUUAUUGUUAAUUAAUAUUUUUGUUGUUUUUGAAUAUUCAAAUUUACUAAAACGGAGUAGUAAAAAAAUAAAAUUUAAAAAAUGUGUAAAUCAAAAUUAUAAAAUUUAAAAGUAGUUGAUUUAAAUUUUUGAAAUUUAAAUUUAAAUAAAGAGUGAAUUUGUGUUGUAAUAAAAUGAUUGCCGCAAAUAAUGAUAACCGUGGAAGAAAUGGCCACGUGUUGGUAUGGGAACAACCGGGUCUUGAUGAAACGGAGCGACCGAAACAAAAACGAGCAUGGAUUGGAUCACGGCAUAUAGUAACGUUUAUGCUUUUCUUGGGUAUGGCAAACGCAUAUGUAAUGAGAACAAACAUGUCCGUUGCCAUUGUCGCGAUGGUAAACCACACGGCGACCGAACACGACAAAAAACAAGAGGCGAUGGUAAAUGAAUGUCCAGGAAGUGAUUACACAAAUUCAUCAAAUAAUCACGCUGCAGACGAUGGACCUUUUGAAUGGGAUUCAAAGCAACAGGGAUAUUUGCUGAGUUCCUUCUUCUGGGGUUACGUUAUCACCCAAAUACCAUUUGGAAUUUUAGCAAAACGCUAUGGUUCAAAAUAUUUUCUCGGCGUAGGAAUGCUUAUAAAUUCGGUGUUUGCUUUCUUAGUACCGAUUUCAGCGAAAUGGGGCUACGGUUGGCUUCUUGUUAUCCGAUUUGUCCAGGGCCUUGGAGAGGGUCCAAUUGUGCCAUGUACGCACGCAAUGCUGGCAAAGUGGAUACCACCAAAUGAGAGGAGCCGGAUGGGAGCUUUCGUUUAUGCUGGGGCACAGUUUGGGUCAAUUGUAUCGAUGCCACUGAGUGGUUUGUUGUCAAAAUACGGAUUUGCUGGUGGAUGGCCAUCGAUAUUUUAUGUUUUUGGUGCUGUUGGAACUAUAUGGUGUAUUAUUUUUCUUAUUUGGGUUUAUGAGGAUCCUGAACAGCACCCGAAAAUUUCGGAAGAUGAGAAAAAAUAUAUUCUAAGCGCACUUUGGGGUACUGCUGGAUCAUCUUCCCCGCCAGUACCAUGGAAAGCAAUAUUAACUUCAUUGCCAUUUUGGGCCAUAUUAAUAGCUCACAUAAGUCAGAACUACGGAUACGAAACUUUUAUGACUCAAUUGCCCUCGUACAUGAAGCAAAUUUUACAUUUCGACAUUAAAACCAAUGGUUUAGUUUCCGCCCUACCGUACUUAGCGAUGUGGAUAUUUUCAAUGUUCAUAUCACAGAUCGCCGAUUGGAUGAUUGCCUCCGGUAGAUUUACUCAUACGUCAACGCGUAAAAUAAUAAACACAAUUGGUCAGUAUGGUCCUGCGAUAGCAUUUAUCAUAGCUUCAUAUACUGGGUGUGAUAAAACACUGACCGUUACAUUAUUUACCAUCGGUAUUGGAUUAAACGGCGGUAUUUAUUCUGGGUUCAAAGUAAACCAUCUUGAUAUAUCACCGAGAUUUGCUGGAAUACUCAUGUCCUUCACAAAUUGUCUUGCCAAUCUUGCUGGUCUUCUUGCGCCGGUCAUUGCUGGAUAUAUUAAUGUCGGAAAUCCUUCACAAGCAAAAUGGCGGAUAGUUUUUAUAAUUUGCGGCGCCAUUUACAUAAUCGGAGCAACGUUUUACAUAAUAUUUGGAUCUGGUCAACGACAGCCAUGGGACAAUCCGGAGAAAGACGAAGAAAUUGAAAAAAAAAGAAGAAAACCAAAAGAUUUAGAAGCGGGAAAAGUAAUAAAUGAAACUCAACAUUGACUAAGUUAUUAACAAACGUUGUUACGUUAAAUUAAGAGUUUAAAAAAUUAACUUUCAUAUAAAUAUAUAUAUUUAUAUAAAAAAAAAAAAAAAACCAUUCAUUCCCUCCACAAUGAGAAAACAAAAGAGUUCUUUUUCUUUUUUAAAUUUCGCGGUUUUUAAUAAAUAAAAUAAAAUAAAAUAAAAUAAGAAUCCAGUCAGGUAGUGUGCCUUGUGUUUAACGUGUAAAUGAUAAUUGUAUGCAAGAUUUAAUGUCAAAUAAUAUAAAUAUAUAUAUUAAAUAUGUAUAUCAUAUAAUAGACAGUAAUUUAGUACAGCAGUAACUUUUGUUUCUAUUCCGAUGUAAAUAUAAUUUAGAAAGAAUUGAAAUGAUAACAGGUAAGAAUUAUGAAAAAAAAUAUACAUAUAUAUGUAUGUAUGUAUAUAUAUAUAUAUAUAUAUAUAUAUAUAUAUAUAUAAAUUUUUUUAAAAAUAAACAAGUGUAUCUGCGGUCGUGUGUAUGUUAGUCGAUUUAAAAACUAAAUAUUUAACAAACUAAAAGUCAAUUUCAAUUGAAGCUUCGUAACAAUUUAUUUAUUUAAAUAAAAUAAAAUAAUUUAAAUGGUGUAAUUUUAAAUAAAUUGUUGUAAUGAGGAUUGUGAUUGAAAUUUUAUAAAAUGUUAUCGACAUCAAGGCAGCAGUAUUAGAGUAGAACGCCGCACGUUCGCCACUUUGUUAUCUUAUUUUUUAUUAUAAUUGUUGUUAUUAUUAUUAUUAUUAUUAUUAAUAUUAUUAUUCUUAAUUCAAUGCCAUUUUGUAUUGUAAUUAAAAAAAAAUAUAUGAUUUUUUUCAAAAUUUAUACUGCCAUGAAAAUGUCAUAUAUAUCGCGCUGCAGGUGCCGUAAGGGCGUAUAAUAUAUUUUUUAUCUAAAAAAAAACAAAAUUUUUUAUCAUACCUGCACUGAAAGUUUAAAUUCCCGCCCUAUUUUGAAAGAUGAUAAAAAUUAGCGUUUGGAUUCUUCCUGCAGAAAAUAGUAAAUUAUACACCUAGGGAGUAAAGUAGAACAUUUCCAACCAUGUGCGUAAUUGCCUAUGGAUUUUUCACUAGAUCUUUGUGGGAAAAAUGGCGCAUGCGCGAAUUUUUAUCAUUUGUUUUCAGAAUGACUUUCUUUCCUCUAAACAGGGAAAUUUAAACUUUCAGUUACAGAUCUGGUGAAAAAUAGACACACACGAAAAAGGAAGGCAGGAUGUCCCAACACGUGUAUUUUUCACCCCCACUUUCAGCUCUCGUAGGCAUUUACGCACCCGGUUUAAAAUGUCCUACUUUACUCACGCAAUGUGUAAUUUACUAUUUACUCGUUUAAAAUUUUUUCAUGCCUUUAUAGCUCCUCGGAUAGGUACCGGAAGCCUUGAGAGGAUAUGAAAUUUUUUUCUCACGCCCUCAGGGCUCCCGGAUAAAUUCCAGAAGCUACAGAGAAGCAAAAAAAUUUUUUUUUGUAUCUACACAUGACUCGACUAAAAAAUUUACGCACUUACGUGUCUAUAUGGGUAUUUUCUACAGGAUACGUCCUUAUGGUUCCUGUAACUCGAUAAAUUAUAAAUAAUUUGAAUUUGAAAUUUAAUUUUCCCGCGCAAAAAAAUAAAUAUGUGAAAAUUAUAUGCUAGACAUAUGCGGUGAUAUUUAUGUUGAUAUAUAUGUCAACAUAUAUCCCAAAUAUAUGUUUGCACAAAAAAACCAUGUUACAUAUAUUUGCAUAUAUAUAUUAACAUACAUGUCAUAUUAGUAUAUAUUAUUGAAAAUAAAUAUUUUUCAUACA